AUGGCAGAAGGAGACUUUGAGCCACCUUCCGUAUACGAGCUGCGUCCUCCCGAAUGGCUCCCCAAGGCUCAUACGACUGCAGACGUUGGAUACAUGGGGUUCUACCCUCCGCGCCCAGACGAAGAUGAGGAGGUCCUCACCGAGACGAACAUAAAAAAUGGCUUCGUCCUAAACCUUUCCGUGCCAGCGGAAACGUACAGUACCCAAGAUACCAUCAGAAAUAGCUUGAUACACGAGAAUGCCCUCGGUGAACUCGAAAACCUCAUGGAACAAAUCUUCAUCCGCCGUGCUGAGAACUUCGCCUCUCCCGUUCCGGCGUCGACCUUUCGCUUGCCUUCCCGAGUUACUCUCAACGACAUGAAGCGUAAGGCGUGGUUCGCCGAUCUCGCCAAUCCGGACGUCCCGCUGUACAAAUUGGGCAAGAACGUACCGCACGGCGCGAAAGGACAUGAUCUGCUCGACCUCCUUCAUACAAACAACGUGGCCAUCCCGCGAGCCGUAUGGUUCCUCCGUGUCUUUGGCGGGAACGAGACGGCAGGCCUUCGGAACAAACCAGGAUACAAUCCGACGCAGUACAGCGUCGAAUGGGCCAACGUCGUGACAGGCUACCUAAAGAAGCAACUCGCAGAUAUCGCUCUGCCUACUGCGCCCCGCCCAGGACUGAACAUCAAACAAACCUUCAAGAGCGUCCUCGCCGACCCCGACUCGCGUGAGCGGUGGAUUUCGCGCUUCACCUACUCACUGGAGCUCCUGCGCACGUUCUAUGCAGAGGGGCUCGUCGACAACCGCACGUUCCUGACGUGGCUCGUGCAGCAGAUGUGCAGCUGUAAUCUCGCUCAGCUUGGCUUCGUCGUGCGCUUGGCUGAUGAAUACCUUGAUGGCAUGCUUGUCAGCCGAGCUCUCACGCACCACUUCAUCGAUGCGUGCUUGAGCAAAGUGGUCGAGAUCCGCACUGCAUCAGCCAGAGAUCACCUCGUUAAUGUUGAAACUCUCAUCAAAAACUUAAUAUUACGAGCCUUCCUCGCCCUACCCGACGCCUUCGUCAGUCCGCGGACGUGGCUUGCAUAUGGCGAGUUGCUGGAAGAGGAUCUCAUAGGAGGCGGCGCCGUCGACUCGUCGGAUAGCAUUUUGCAACAGAAUGCGAACACACUGCGGCAAUCUUUGCAAGACAGCCUCUCCGAUGUUCGGCGCCGGAACGAAGCGAUGAUCUUCCGGCACCUGCCUCCACGCGUUGUUGGCAGCCUUACUUCCGCGCUGUCGGACAUCAAGUUGCUGAAUUCGUUGUCCGGGAAAACGAACAUGGAUAGUAUCGUAUUUUUCGACAACUUGCCAGAUUCUCAGUCUUCGUUCACACGCAAGCUGGAUAUCCUGCUGACCUGGAGCGUCACACCGCUGCAAUACGGGGACCAUCGCCCGUAUGCUGCGGGCUGUCUCCUCGGUGCGUGGCGCGAAAAAGCAGGCGAACGCGCCAUCCGCCACGAGGCGGCGUCGCCAGACGAAUAUCUGCAAGAUCAGUUGUUCGACUGGCUGGAUUGCUCAGCAGAUGCAGACAAUUCAGACAACAUACCUGCUGUCACGCUGCUUUUUGGGCAGCUUGUGAAGCGCGGCCUGUUUUCUUACCAGCAGUACAUGCAACGGCUGAUAGCUCGAGGUGAACCGGGGAUUUCGUACAACCAGGAGGGAAGAUCACGACAUCUGGAACUGCUGCGGUGCAUUCCUCUACACAGCGCGGACUCGUCGUUGAUCAGCCAGCGCAAGGUCACACUGUACGGUGUCAGAGCCCGUGAGACACUUGAAGAUACGAACGAACGCGAGAUCCGAAAGGAGCUGCGUGCCCUCUUCCCUGAGCUGUUUGGCGGCAUCCCAUCUUCGUCGGAGACACUUACGGCUAAACUUCGGGAAAAUUGUCCUACUCUGCUGAGUGCAUGCCGCUAUGAGCAAGUCAAGACCGUCAAGCAGUGGCUACUGCCGAUUUUGCAGAAACAUAGCUCUCAGGCGGCAGCCGCUGGUGGCAAAGAUAUACUGAUCACUUACACGUUAGCAGCUGUACUGAUGGCUCGCACGAAAUGUUACGGCUCGAUGCUGGAUCUCACUUUACACACACUGAAGCACGCGGCUACCUUUGAACUGAUGACGGCUGUCAUCCGGACGCUGCGCCAACAUAUGGAAAUCUGGGCAUGCAUGAAUGUCAUGAAGAUUAUUUCUACGGCGCUGUACAGUGCUCAUGACGCAUGGAGAGGCAAUGGAAUCCGUAUACGCGCCCUUCUCUUCGUCCUGAUGGAAUUCGACAACGGACAAUACCUCAGCCCAGAGCAACGUGAACAGGUCCUCAGCGAUAUAACGCAGUAUUCUCACGCUUUACACCCCAUCGGCCCGUUUUCAAACCCGGUGCCAGCGGUUCUUCCUGAAAUUUUGCUAUUAGCUGCAGAUCCGCAUCCAGAUGCUCCCUCCAACCUCGCCGAGAAUCUGUGGUAUAAGUACAUGAAGGCUGAAGACUGGGCAUGGAAAGUCUGGGACAAUACCAUCGCCAGUCUUCGCCAGAUACCUGUCAUGAUCCCCGACAUCGAAGGGCGGAGGGUUUGUGCGCUGCGGUAUGCGCAGUUCCUGUGGCAUGUCGACCAGCACCUGCCGAGAGGGUUAGACGCACACAUCUUGGACUGGCUGCUAGGCGCGGGAAAGAACGAGAUUGCUGCGCUCACUCCCGAGGCCUGGGACGUCGUAAUCGUCGUUCUACUUCAUCUCUGUGCAUAUGGCGCAUUGGAGACGACGACGAUACUGCAAGGGUUGAUCUAUCCAGUCUGGCAGGCAAGUGCCCUCGUGACCUCAACCGAACAGGGCUCCGCACUGGAAAUACGUCUGGCGGCCGUGAACGGGCUCUUCAAUCAUCUACUCAUCAAGGACGAAUGCGGGACUGGGCUGCCACCCAUGAAUAUCUUCGAGGCUCAGGGUCUGCAAACGCGGCGUCGUGAUGUCUUCCGCGAACCUCACUUCUCACCAUUGGUGGACAACUUGUCGAUGCUGGUUCUGGUUGAACACAACCCCUCCCUUGCAGAACACCUACGAACUCAGACGUCGUCACUCCGGGAGACUAUAUGUAGGAUCGAUGUUUUCCGGCAAGGUGUCUACCGUGAUCUUGACGCAGUGCGCUACGCAUUCGAGAAACUGCUAGAGAAUGGCUCGAUCGCCGAGGACAUGCACGAACCGCUAGUGGCAGCGCUGCGUCUAAUGCUCCGCAAUCCAGAAGAAGCUGAUGACGGUAUCGGAUUCGUCUCUGUGUCUUCACUCCUCACACCUUGGAAGUUGGCUGCUACUUCGAUUGAGAUUCGAUUGACUCUGAAACAAUUAGGAGAGAGCCUCGCGCGAGAAUCGACUCGUCACGCGGCCAAUAUGACUCUUGAUAAACUUACUGCCUUCGUCUUCAAGCAUUGCAGAACGUCUGAGGAGGUCGAUUUCGUAGCAGAGAUGAUGACUGAGGUCAGCAGAGAAGUCGCGGGAAAGUUUGUGAAUGCAGGCUUGAGGCGAAUGGUCGAAUUAUUCAAGGGACCGUACAAUCCGCCAAGAAUGGACGAGGUGGGCGAUUUUGUCACGAAUGCAGGAGAGGUCCUACGCUUGUUGUCGAAGAUUGUCGAGCGCUUCCGAGAGGAUACGUCCCUUCCUCCCUUGAUACCGGCCACGCAGAAUCAAUUCAUGGAGGCGCUGGAUACCCGUUUGACUCAGGUCAAGGAUGUGCUAGUCGCAGAGCAAGACGGUGUCACUGAUGAAGAGAUUACCUCCCCGGCAUCACACUGUGCUAUACUGCUGUGCCGGCUGUUGCAAUUUGUAUUUGGAUUUCCGGAAGCAUGGACGCCGCAAGUAAAGAACAUGAGCGAGUCGCUGUGCAAUACCAUCGUCCAGCUAGCUCUCGUUCACGGAGAGGGUUUCGACAUUGGUCUCGUUGCCUUUCCUCUGCUCCUGGACACGUUGUACUUCGUUCUGGACGAAAUCCCAAGCGAUCCAAAACUCACGACGUUAGAUCCAUUCUAUCGCUAUCCCAACCUUGAACCACGUUCGUUCUCGCCUGAUAUGCCACUGGAAUAUCAGAGUCGCCUGCGUGCGUUGCUGCCAUAUACGGCUUUAAACGCUACCGUUUCAAAUCUAUCUUAUGCUACCCGAGAUCCAUCCGGCGCGUUGGCAAUUACACAGCCCGUGCAAAACAGGCCUUGGGAAUGGACCGAGUACCUGGGGGACAUUCCGCCAGGGGAAGCCAACCUCAGACACGAAGACAGGCCGGAAGAGCGUCUCCCAUUGCGGAAUACAGCGUCGAUCUCCCUGGAGCUAUUCGGAACGCGUCAAACGGGUGAUCAUAUUGUGCAUGUCACUGAAGAUUCGAUGACGGAGGCCACUAUCAAAACGUUCCAAGACAACCUCUCGAGCGAGAGCAUAUUUAUGCGCGACUGGCGGGAGACCCGUGUGUUCGACGAUGAGGUCAUCAGCAAGAGCAGAUCGGAGAACGAAGACGACCCGCCAAUGUCUAGCGCCUUUGCUACCGCCCAGAGCCCUAGCCAGACUCAGUCGGAACGACCAUCAUCUUCAUCCCGGCGAGGAUCGCCUGCGCUGUCUGCUCGCUCAGGCCGCGCAUCGUUGCCAAAUUCGGGAUCAUCCAUUCGCCAGAGUCCGGCGCAACAGCAUCCACUCAGUAAGCUGUCGGCAUCGACCGCUUCCGAGCCUAUUGAUGUGGACGCGUUUGACAUUUCUGCGGUGGCCGGGGGCAGCAAGCGCAAGCAAGUGGAUGAUGAUAUGGACGUUGAGGUCGUGGAGGGUCCUGCGCGCACAUAUAAGAAGCAGAAGGCGAAGGUAAGCGCAAAAGUGAGGGUCAAGAAGAGGUGA